AUGAAAAAGAAUUAUUUUCUGUGUGGAAUCAUUGAAGGUUAUUAUGGUCGACCAUGGUCACUUAAUCAACGAAAAAUACUUUUUGAAACAUGUUUAAGAUUUGGUUUAAACACAUAUGUCUAUGCACCAAAAGAUGAUGCAAAACAUCGAUCUCGUUGGAGAGAUCUAUAUACAAAUGAAGAACUAAAUGAACUAAGACAAUUAAUUCAUAUUGCUAAACAAUGUGAAAUCUAUUUUAUAUAUGCAUUAUCACCUGGUCUUGAUAUUUCAUAUUCAUCUGAAAAAGAUUUAUUAGCACUUAAAAGAAAGUUUGAUCAAUUAUCUAGUAUUGGAUGUGAACAUUGGUCAUUAUUAUUUGAUGAUAUUGAAAAUGAAAUGUCUCAAGAAGAUAAAAAUAAUUUUCCAUCAUUUGCUCAUGCUCAUGUUUCUCUUACUAAUCAAUUAUAUGAAUAUCUUAAUAAACCAAAUAUUUUUCUAUUUUGUCCAACAGUUUAUUGUAGUCGAAUGGCAGUACCAUCACUUGACAAAUCUUCUUAUUUACAAACAAUCGGUGAUGGUCUACAUCCAGAUAUUGACAUUUUUUGGACAGGUCCAAAAGUCGUAUCUCGACAGAUAACAGUUUCUCAUAUAUUAUCAGUAAAUAAUUUAUUAAAACGUUGUGUAACAAUUUGGGAUAAUUUAAAUGCAAAUGAUUAUGAUCAACGUCGUUUAUGUAUGGGACCAUUUUCGGGUCGCUCAUUAAAUUUAUCAUCACACAUAUGUGGAAUUUUGUCAAAUCCAAAUUGUGAAUUUGAAUUGAAUUUUGUUCCAUUAAAUACUCUUGCUCAGUGGUUUCAAUCAAUAAAACUCAAUGAAAAACAUCGUCAAUAUGAUAAUGAUGAUGAUAAUGAUAAUAAUGAUAUUUUUAGAUUAGAAAUUUAUCAAGUUGAUAAAGCAUUUAAUCAAUCUCUUAUUGAUUGGUUACCAGAAUUCAAUAAAAUAAAAUCAGCUAAUUAUUCUCAAGAAAUAAUAAAAAUUGACAAUUCUCCUGAAGAAAUGAACCCAAAAGGUGCAUCAUCAUCAUCAUUGUCAUUAAUAAAUGAUGAGGAUUCUCAAGAUUCAAUCAAUGAAAAUCAAAUGUAUUCAUCAUCAUCGAAAACUCAUAAAAUGGAAUGUGAUCAAAAUUCGAUUCAUUAUGAUUUAACAAUUGAUGAUAUUCGUUUACUGGUUGAAUUAUUUUAUUUACCUUAUCAACACGGACCAAAUGUACAACAAAUAUUUAUGGAGUUUUAUUGGCUUAGAUGUAAUUAUAAUCCUCAUCAAAAUUUAAAUGAAUGGCGUUGUCGUGCUCAAUUGUUUCAUAAUAAUGCAAAGAAUAUAUCUCGUUUACUUGAAAAAUUAAUAAAAAUUCAUAAUCGUGCAUUACUUUAUGAUGUCUAUAAUUAUAUAAAUGAUAUGAAUUCAACGGUUAUUCUUUGUUCAAAAUAUCUUCAUUGGAUCGAUGAUGAUCACAAACGUUCACUAGUAUUUAUGUCAGGUGAUAUUGAACCGUGGUCAAAGCGAGGUGGUCUUGCAGGAGAUUUUCUUGAUAUUCUUCCGUUGGGUGAUUUUCAAUCAUUAAUUAAAUCAGAUUUGAAUUCAUUAUCGAAUACAUUUAUUAUUCGGCCAAUGACUUCAGAUGAUCAAUCAUCAAUUUAUGAUUUAUGUUCAACUGUUUGUUAUCAAGAUGAUCUUAGUCAUCUUCUUAAUCAAUACUCACAAAUUUUAGCUGACAAAAUAAUUGGUGGAUAUGUAUCAAGUUCAUUAAACAAUAAUAAUCUUUGUUUUGUUAUUGAAAACGAUCAAGAUAAGAUAUGCGGAUUUUUAUUAACAAUCAAUGAAAGUGAAAACUACGAUAAAUAUAUUCAAACAAAAUGGAUUGAACAACUUCAUGAAAAAUAUCCAAAUGUCGAUCAAAAUUUUUUUGAAUUAACCGAAUGUCCUCAAUGGAUUUACGAUCGAUAUUCUGUUCGUAUACAAAUUUUUAUUGAUUCAACAAUGAAUAAAAAUAAUAUUUAUUAUCUUGGAGCCAAAUUAAUGAAAAUUCUUAUUAAAAAUCUUUCUCAACAAGGCUUCCGUGGAUGCCAUACUUUGGUAGAUGAAAGAUUUACUUUAUUACAUCAAUUUUAUUUAAAUCUUGGUUUUAUUGACAUACCAAUUAUCGAUCAGACUAAUCAAAAUAUUCUUCUUGGAAAACAAUUUUAA